AUGGAUACGAUAGAAAGAGGCUUGAAACUUAACGAUGAAAUAGUUAUCACCGAAAAUAUUUCUCCUCGGAAUAGUUACAUUGCUUCUAAAAUUGAUGGAAACUGUGAUAGUGUAAAAUAUGAUUUAAAUUAUAAAAAAACUAAAAUUGAUGAAAGUCAUAUGCCAAUACAACUACGUGGAAAAUUGUGGAUAUUUAAAAAAGCAAUUGGAGAAGGGACUAAUUUCAAAACAUAUCUGGCAACAAGUAAUAAUGGAGAAAUAUUUGCAAUUCGAAAAAAUCGUAAACAAGAUCAAAGUACAAAAAUUUAUGAAAUUGAUGAAAAAGCUCAGAAAGAAAUUGCUAAUUUAAUGAAAUUGCAAAUAGAAUUGGAUUUGGAAAUGAAAAAACUUAUCGGUGAACAUUCAAAUAUUACCGCACUGAUCGGUUUUCGUCAAGUGGGUCUCUGUUGGGAACAGUUUAUGGAAUAUGUUAAUGGUGGAUCGCUUUUUGAUUAUAUAAAUGAGAAUUACAUCAAAAAAAAUCGAUUAUUAGAAGUUGAAAAAGCGCAAUUAUUCUUUAAUGAUCUGUUAAAGGCAGUGGAACAUAUUCACAGUCUAAGAAUUGCACACAUGGACAUCAAACUCGAAAAUUGUCUCAUUACAAAAGAUGGAAUUGUGAAAUUAACAGAUUUUGAUGAAGCAAGAUAUUUCAUACCCAAUCUUAAAGUUCCUUAUCCGGUAUAUUUUACUUUAUCAUAUGCUGCACCCGAAACAUUUACGAAACGAUACCGGCCAAAUUGUGCAGAUAUAUGGGCAUGCGGUAUUUUCCUGUAUUUUUUGCUACAAAAACGUUUUCCAUGGAAUAUUGCAAAUAGUAGAAAAGAUGCAGUUUAUCGAAAGUGGUCCAGAAUUCAUGAUGAAAAUGUAUUGUCAAUUCCGGAAUGCUAUGGAUGUGUUUCAGGUGAAUUAACAAAUUUAACUCACAAUUACUUCUCAUUAAUGUGUUGCAAAUUGUGA